UAAACUGGGUCCCCCAUUCUAUUUCUAGGGUUCCAUAGACGCAACAUUCUAAACGCGCUGGAAAUUCCAGUGUUUUCCACACACUGGCUCAUUAGCAAAGUUACAUUUUCUGCUGCUACAUCUGAGUUUAAAGAUUGCAAUAAUUACUGUAUGAAUUGGCUAACAAGACUCGGUCAUGUCUAGAAGAAGUGCAAGGCUUCUUAAUGGAGGGUACUAUGACCAGUCCUCUGAUGAUGAAUCCUCUGGCUCCAUUGUCUCCUACAAGGAAAGCCCUGUGCCUAGGGUAUUCAACAAGAGGAAAAUGAGAACUGGGGGCCAUAAGGGAAUCCAAAAUCCAAAUCGGCCAAUCAACGGCGAUGAAUUAAUUGGCAUGGUGCCAAAAGUGAGGGCUGUCCAGAGAAGGCAGACCUUCCUGUCUCCUACUGUGAUGCCUGUUCCUGUGACCCCUGCUGCCUCUGUGGCCCUGCAGCCCAGCAUGAGCUCCUCCAGCAUUGGCUUCACCAGAAUUGACAGCUCUGGCUACUGCUCUGAUUCUGAGGAGCCACUGAGGGCGAAGCCAUGCUCCAGCGGGAUAGGCACUAGGGCCAGCGCUAGCUGCAGCUGGUCAUGUUUCCCGACUGGUUUGCCAUCCUGGUUUGUCAUCUUCCUCCUGCCUGUUCUCCUGACCUUCCUAUUUGUCUUUCCGAUUGUGUUCCCCACCAUGAACCUCAACCUUCCAAUGAACCGCCCGACUCAACCUGACUCUCCACUCGACCUGACUCCAAAGGCUACGUAUGGAAGUCCUAUCAUGGAUUCAGCUCUCAAAAACAAAAUGGACACCAUCCAGAGAGAGAUUGAGAUCCUUAAACAGAAAGCACACCAGCACCAAGGCAUUUCCCAGCAGAUGGUACAAAGACUGAAUAUAGACAUGAGGGGAGUAAGGAGUGAGAUUAACAACGUCAGAGAGAAAGUGAACAGUGUCUCUAUUUCUGUCUCUGCUGCCGGAGAGCGUCUGGCCCAGGACGCUGCAGAGUUCAGCAGCAAGAUGUCUGAUUUCCAAGAGGAACAAUCCAUUACCACACAGCUGGUCAGAGCCCUGGAGGACACCAGUGAUAUGCUGCAGCAACAGGUGACCUCCAUUCAAAACCAGCCUCCCCCUGCUCCCACACCAGAAAACAUACACAUGACGCCUGCUUUUAAAGAGGCCAUGGAGAAAUGGCUGAGUGACCGACUGGCCCAGAAUGAGAGAUGGGACGUGAAACAGUUGAUAAAGGAUUGCAGUCGUCCAUUGGCGGACCGACUGCCUGACUUUGCCUUGGAGUCUCAAGGUGGCAGUAUUGUAACCAGCAGAUGCUCUGAGACGUAUCAGACCCGUUCGGCCUGCGUGAGCUUCCUGGGGAUUCCCCUGUGGUAUCCUGCAGAGACCCCUCGGACCGUCAUCCAGGGCCAGCAGGUGCUGCCUGGCAAGUGUUGGCCGUUUCCUGGGGCCCAGGGCACUAUGACCAUUGCCCUGUCUCACCCCAUCCACGUGACCCACGUCUCUCUGGAACACCUCUCCACUGCAGUUUCCCCUAAUGGGCGCAUCGACAGCGCCCCCAAGAACUUUGCCGUCAACGGAAUGUCUACUGUCGGCGAAGAGGGAUCACUGCUCGGAAUGUUUACAUAUGACCAGGCUGGAGAUCCCCUACAGACGUUCGAAUUGCCUAACCCUACUGCAGUGUAUCGGUAUGUGGAGCUCCAUGUCCUCAGCAACUGGGGUCACCAGGACUACACAUGUGUGUACCGCUUCCGGGUUCACGGCAAGAUGUCUUUCUUUUGAGGGCGAUCAGCUAUCCAUCUCAACCCCUGUGUGUGUCCACCCCAACCCCAGAAUUUUCAUUUUCAUACUGGAGCAUGUAUUUAGCCUCUAAAUAAAAUCUCUAUUGGGCAGUG